CAUCCUCCCUACGGCCAAUGGAGUGGGGCUCUGGGCGGGCUCCCGAGUGUUUGUGUUGUGGUUUUGGGGGAGGGAGGUGGAGGGGAAAGUUUGUUUAUUUUGUUUUUAGUUUCUGGGGUCCCCGUGUUUCUGGGAGGUGAAGCGGGAGGGAGUGACCCCCCCGCGCCCCUUCAGUCCCCCUACUACGUCGCCUCCAUUGCUUGCGGAGAAGCGGGGACCGCGCGCAUCGCAGCGCAUCGCCUCACAGCGGAACGCCGCGCACUGGGAGCCGGCGCGGCUCGGCGGGUUUGGGUUUUUUGCACUGAAUGUAGUCUAGCCUCAUCUUCACGGGUUCGUGUUGCCCCAGGAUACUGUCAAAGGCAGUAUUUGUGUGUUUCUGCAGAGUUUUGCACAGAGUCUGUUCCCAUGCAAACCAAUGAGGGAGAAGUGUCGGAAGAAAGCAGUUCCAAGGUGGAACAGGAGGAUUUUGUAAUGGAAGGGCAUGGCAAGACUCCACCUCCUGGUGAAGAAAGCAAACAAGAGAAGGAGCAAGAAAGGGAAGAACAGUUAAUGGAAGACAAGAAAAGGAAGAAAGAGGAUAAAAAGAAAAAAGAAGCCACUCAGAAGGUCACGGAACAAAAAACCAAAGUGCCCGAAGUGACGAAACCAAGUUUAAGCCAACCAACGGCCGCCAGCCCAAUUGGCAGCUCUCCAUCGCCACCAGUCAAUGGUGGCAACAAUGCCAAAAGGGUGGCAGUGCCGAACGGACAACCGCCAAGCGCCGCCCGCUACAUGCCUCGGGAGGUGCCGCCGCGAUUCCGUUGCCAGCAGGACCACAAAGUGUUACUAAAACGUGGGCAGCCCCCUCCACCGUCCUGCAUGCUCCUCGGGGGUGGGGCAGGGCCUCCUCCCUCCACAGCACCUGGAGCAAACUCAAACAACGCACAAGUGACAGGAACGCUGCUGCAGGGUGACGGUGGGACUGCACCAGAGUCAACCCUUGGAGGUGCUGCUGCUUCAAAUUAUGCAAAUUCCACUUGGGGCCCGGGAGCCUCCUCCAACAACGGCGCCUCCCCCAACCCAAUUCACAUCCGGGACAAGGUGAUUGUAGACGGGUCUGACAUGGAAGAGUGGCCUUGUAUCGCCAGCAAAGACGCUGAGUCUUCUUCCGAAAACACCACCGAUAACAACAGUGCCUCGAACCCUGGCUCUGAGAAGAGCACUCUGCCAGGAAGCACCACUAGUAACAAAGGAAAAGGGAGCCAGUGCCAGUCUGCAAGUUCUGGGAACGAAUGUAAUCUUGGGGUCUGGAAAUCUGACCCUAAGACUAAAUCUGUUCAAUCUUCCAACUCUACUACAGAGGGCAACAAUGGACUAGGAAAUUGGAGGAAUGUGAGUGGUCAGGAUAGAGUUGGACCUGGCUCUGGCUUCAGCAACUUUAACCCAAAUAGCAACCCAUCUGCCUGGCCAGCGCUGGUCCAAGAAGGAAAUUCUAGGAAAGGGGCAUUGGAAACGGAUACGAGUAAUUCCAGUGCACAGGUUAGCACAGUAGGUCAGGCAUCCAGGGAACAGCAGUCAAAGAUGGAAAAUGCGGGUGUUAAUUUUGUUGUCUCUGGCAGAGAACAGGCUCAAAUUCAUAACACUGAUGGACCAAAAAAUGGAAACACUAACUCCUUGAACUUAAGUUCACCAAACCCCAUGGAGAAUAAGGGAAUGCCCUUUGGAAUGGGCUUGGGGAACGCCUCCAGGAGCACUGAUGCCCCUUCACAAAGCACUGGAGAUCGAAAGACUGGGAGUGUUGGAUCUUGGGGUGCAGCUAGGGGGCCUUCUGGAACUGACACAGCCUCUGGACAAAGCAAUUCUGGAAACAAUGGGAACAAUGGAAAGGAUAGAGAGGACUCCUGGAAAGGAGCUUCUGUUCAGAAAUCAUCUGGGUCAAAAAAUGACUCUUGGGACAACAAUAACAGGUCUACGGGUGGGUCCUGGAACUUUGGCCCUCAGGACUCUAACGACAACAAAUGGGGUGAAGGGAACAAAAUGACAUCUGGGGUCUCUCAGGGAGAAUGGAAACAGCCGACUGGGUCUGAUGAGUUGAAAAUUGGAGAAUGGAGUGGUCCAAACCAACCAAAUUCUAGCACUGGAGCAUGGGACAAUCAAAAGGGCCACCCCCUCCCUGAAAACCAAGGCAAUGCCCAGGCUCCCUGUUGGGGAAGAUCUUCCAGCUCCACAGGAAGUGAAGUUGGAGGUCAAAGCACUGGAAGCAACCACAAAGCAGGAAGUAGUGACAGUCAUAAUUCUGGCCGUCGGUCAUACCGGCCCACACAUCCUGAUUGUCAGGCUGUCUUACAGACUCUCUUGAGCCGAACUGAUUUGGACCCCAGGGUGCUCUCAAACACUGGCUGGGGCCAAACUCAAAUCAAGCAGGACACAGUGUGGGAUAUUGAAGAGGUGCCAAGGCCUGAGGGGAAGUCUGACAAAGGAACUGAGGGGUGGGAGAGCGCUGCCACACAGACCAAGAACUCAGGGGGCUGGGGAGACGCACCCAGCCAAAGCAAUCAAAUGAAGUCUGGAUGGGGGGAGCUCUCAGCCUCUACAGAGUGGAAAGACCCCAAGAACACAGGAGGCUGGAAUGACUACAAGAACAACAACUCUUCCAACUGGGGAGGCGGACGACCGGAUGAAAAGACAUCUUCCUCUUGGAACGAGAACUCCAGCAAGGAUCAGGGGUGGGGAGGAGGGCGCCAGCCCAAUCAAGGAUGGACUUCCGGGAAGAAUGGUUGGGGAGAGGAAGUUGAUCAAGCGAAAAACAGCAGUUGGGAAAGUUCUGCAAGUAAACCUGUGUCUGGGUGGGGUGAAGGAGGGCAGAAUGAAAUUGGAACUUGGGGGAACAGUGGGAAUGCAAGCCUAGCUUCCAAAGGCGGGUGGGAAGAUUGCAAAAGGUCUCCAGCAUGGACUGAGACUGGCAGGCAGCCCAGUUCCUGGAAUAAACAGCACCAACAGCAGCAGCCGCCACAGCAGCCACCACCACCACAACCAGAGGCUUCCGGUUCAUGGGGAGGCCCACCCCCACCACCUCCAGGCAAUGGUCGACCUUCCAGUUCCAACUGGAGCAGUGGGCCACAGCCAGUAACCCCUAAGGAUGAGGAACCCAGUGGUUGGGAAGAGCCAUCCCCACAGUCAAUUAGUCGGAAAAUGGACAUCGAUGAUGGCACUUCAGCAUGGGGAGACCCUAACAGUUAUAACUACAAGAAUGUGAAUCUGUGGGAUAAGAAUUCCCAAGGGGGCCCAGCACCUCGAGAACCAAACCUGCCUACCCCGAUGACCAGUAAAUCAGCAUCAGUCUGGAGCAAAAGCACACCACCUGCUCCAGAUAAUGGUACUUCAGCUUGGGGUGAGCCAAACGAAAGCAGUCCUGGGUGGGGUGAAAUGGAUGACACGGGAGCAUCGACCACAGGCUGGGGGAACACACCCUCCAACGCUCCAAAUGCCAUGAAACCUAAUUCCAAAUCUAUGCAAGAUGGCUGGGGGGAGAGUGACGGUCCAGUGACGGGAACUCGCCAUCCCAGCUGGGAAGAGGAGGAUGAUGGAGGAGUCUGGAACACCGCCGGCUCUCAGGGAAGUGCUUCCUCCCACAACUCAGCAAGCUGGGGACAAGGAGGAAAGAAACAAAUGAAGAACAAGUCUUUGAACCUGAACCACUCUCUCAGCAGAGGCGUUCUUUCCCUUCUGCAGUGCUCACUGAAAGGAGGAAACAAUGAUUCAUGGAUGAAUCCUCUUGCCAAACAGUUUUCAAAUAUGGGAUUGCUGAGUCAAACUGAAGAUAAUCCAGGCAGCAAAAUGGAUUUGUCUGUAGGGAGCCUUCCAGAUAAAAAAUUUGACGUGGACAAGCGAGCGAUGAAUCUCGGGGAUUUUAAUGAUAUCAUGAGGAAGGAUCGAUCUGGGUUCCGUCCACCUAAUUCCAAAGACAUGGGAACCACAGAUAGUGGGCCUUAUUUCGAGAAGGGUGGCAAUCAUGGUUUGUUUGGAAAUAGCACAGCACAAUCGAGAGGUAUGCACACACCGGUGCAGCCACUAAGUUCUUCUCCUAAUCUCCGGGCGCAAGUGCCUCCGCAGUUUAUUUCCCCCCAGGUUUCUGCCUCAAUGCUCAAGCAGUUUCCCAACAGUGGCCUGAACCCAGGUCUUUUCAAUGUGGGGCCCCAGUUAUCUCCUCAACAAAUUGCCAUGCUGAGCCAGCUUCCACAAAUUCCCCAGUUUCAGUUGGCAUGUCAGCUUCUCCUGCAGCAGCAGCAGCAGCAGCAGUUGCUACAGAACCAGAGGAAGCUUUCUCAAGCCGUGCGCCAGCAGCAAGAGCAGCAGCUGGCUCGGAUGGUGAGCGCGCUCCAGCAGCAGCAGCAGCAGCAGCAGCAGCAGAGACAGCCUGGCAUGAAGCACUCGCCCUCUCAUCCCGUUGGGCCCAAGCCACAUCUGGACAACAUGGUACCCAACGCUCUGAAUGUGGGGCUCCCAGACCUUCAAACCAAAGGGCCAAUACCUGGAUAUGGUUCUGGCUUCAGCUCUGGCGGCAUGGACUAUGGCAUGGUUGGUGGGAAGGAGGCUGGAACAGAGUCUCGCUUUAAACAAUGGACCUCCAUGAUGGAGGGACUGCCCUCUGUAGCCACACAGGAAGCCAAUAUGCACAAAAAUGGCGCUAUCGUGGCCCCUGGUAAGACUCGAGGAGGGUCACCAUACAACCAGUUUGAUAUCAUCCCGAGUGACACACUGGGUGGCCAUACGGGUCCUGCUGGUGAUAGCUGGUUACCUGCCAAAUCUCCACCAACAAAUAAAAUCGGAAGUAAAUCCAGCAAUGCCAGUUGGCCUCCAGAAUUCCAACCAGGAGUGCCGUGGAAAGGUAUCCAAAACAUUGACCCUGAAUCUGACCCCUAUGUCACCCCAGGAAGUGUGCUGGGGGGUACAGCCACAUCUCCCAUUGUAGAUACUGACCACCAACUUCUGCGGGAUAACACCACAGGGUCUAAUUCUUCCCUCAACACCUCGCUGCCUUCACCUGGUGCCUGGCCCUACAGUGCCUCUGACAACUCCUUUACCAACGUUCAUAGCACUUCAGCAAAGUUCCCUGAUUACAAAUCAACAUGGUCCCCAGAUCCCAUAGGACACAACCCCACUCAUCUCUCCAACAAGAUGUGGAAAAACCAUAUUUCCUCAAGGAACACUACACCGCUGCCCCGCCCACCUCCCGGUCUGACCAACCCCAAACCGUCAUCUCCCUGGAGCAGCACAGCACCCCGAUCAGUCAGGGGGUGGGGGACACAGGACUCGCGGCUUGCCUCGGCCUCUACCUGGAGUGAUGGUGGUUCAGUCCGUCCCAGUUACUGGCUGGUUCUUCACAAUCUCACUCCACAGAUUGAUGGGUCAACGUUGAGAACCAUCUGCAUGCAGCAUGGCCCACUGCUGACAUUCCAUCUGAACCUAACCCAGGGCACCGCCCUGAUCCGAUACAGCACCAAACAGGAGGCGGCCAAGGCCCAGACCGCACUGCACAUGUGUGUGUUGGGAAACACUACCAUCCUGGCUGAGUUUGCCACCGAUGACGAAGUUAGCCGCUUUCUGGCACAAGCUCAGCCCCCUACACCUGCAGCAACCCCAAGUGCACCCGCCACAGGUUGGCAGUCGCUGGAGACCGGCCAGACCCAGUCAGAUCCCGUUGGACCGGCUCUGAAUCUUUUCGGUGGGUCCACAGGGCUCGGGCAGUGGAGCAGCAGCGCUGGUGGCAGCAGCGGGGCCGAUCUUGCUGGCGCUUCAUUGUGGGGGCCCCCAAACUACUCUUCUAGCUUGUGGGGAGUCCCAGCUGUGGAAGAUCCCCAUAGGAUGGGCAGCCCUGCUCCCUUACUACCUGGUGACCUUCUGGGAGGAGGGUCGGAUUCAAUCUGAACUUAGAACUUUCAACUCUGACCUCGUGACCUUUUUUGGAACAGCAGCAGCACUAACUUGACCUUUUCGUUUUUUUUUUCAACUUGCAAUAAAUACAUUUUUAAAAGGAAAAAAGAAAACGGAGAGAGAAAAAAAAGGUGGGUCAUUGACAGACUGUCUGAGCACAUAGUUGCCUCCCUUAACUUCAGUUUUUUCGUUUGGAAUAUGAAUCCAAAAAGAGAACAUAUCACUCUUGAAAUACUUGAAUCAUGAACGCCAACCUAGAAAGACAAUGUGAAGCAAGUACACAUACCAUUUAAAUUUAAACACAAAAAAAAUUAAAAAAAUUAGUUUCUAGUUUUUCACUUUUUUCAUGUUAUAUGGAAGUUGUUGCUAAGAAACAUAUAUACUGAAAAAAAAAUAGCUUUUUAACUUUGUUUGCACUGGGUGUGUUUCCGUCCUUAGGUCUACCACGUUUGGGAGGGAGGGGAAUUCAAAAGAAUUGUUGGGGUGGGGGGGGAAGACUUGACGGAGCCUCACUUUAAAAACAAAAACACAGAAAACCUAAAAAAAAAAAAAAAAAAAAAAAGGAAAAAAUUUGUGAUUGGCUGGUUGAUAAAUACCAGUGUGUUCUGGCACAUGUAACUGCCCAGGCAUGCUCGUUCUGGUGUGUGUGUGCACGUGUGUUCAUGUGCAUCUGCGUGCAUCCUUCUCUCUGUCUCUGUGUGUGUGUGUGUGCACACCCGUGUCCUCCUCCUCCUCCCCCACUCGAUCUCAGAAAGCUGCGUUGCUGACAGUCUGCAGGCUGGCUGGCCGGCCAUCUGCUUUUUAUUUUUUUUUCUUUUUUUUAAACUAAGAGAACACACAAGCGCGGGGAGCCACUGCUUACUAAAGCAACUCCGUUGGGCUGCAUUAAGAUAAACAGAGUGCUUUUUAAUGAUUUCAUAAGCAGGGAGCUCCUUUCCUUUUGCAAAUUAGCCCGAGUGAGUUUUCUCUUGCUUUUCUUUUGACCUAGCAGUAGAGCGGAGCACUGCCAAGUCCAAAAAAGUAGGAGAGCAGGAGGCACCUCGUGGAGCAACCGUGUGUUUACUGACUUCUGUUUUGUUUUUGUUUUUUUUUUUUUUUAAAGUUCAUGGCCACCGGGCACACGGAAUACCCACUAAGUUUUAUCCAGGCCUUUUCUUUCAUCAGUCUGACUGGGAACAGGCGAUUUUUUACGUACACCACGUCUCAAAGGCAGAAAAAGAACGCUGCCCCUUUCAUGUCAUCAGUAGGAGGAAUUGAGCAGACGUGAGGUAGUGCCGAAUUAAAGGUUUCCAUUGGUUCUCUUUUUCGUUUUGUGAAAACGGACACAAAUCGGUUGCGAGCAGCCUCCUGAGAACACCUGCAGCUUCUCCCUCUCUCUGCUCCUCUCUCGCCGAGCGUUACCUGUGCCAGGCCGCGGCGUGUUACAGCACGAGGCCAUCACUGACAGAAACGUUUACUUAACGAAUGUCCUUAAACCAGUGUGGACUUCAAGUUUCUCCUUUCGUUCCUCUGUGUUGUGUGUUUCCUGUGUAUGUGGUUUUCGCUUAGGCAGGUAUAACUUAGCAAAGACUUUUUAAGUAUUGCACCUUUUUUUGGUUUUGACCUCUUUAUUUUUUUUUUUUCCUUGUAAUGUUGCUUUUUUUAUUUCGGUAUUUAAAGACUUUUUUUUUUUUUUUUAAGCAUCAAUGUAGUAGUACUCUGGGCCGACUAGGGGGCAACUUUUAAUCCACAGUUACCACCAACAUGUAUGUACUUAGUUGGAAUCAACAUGUAUCAGACUGCUUUUUGUGAAGAGUUCUAGCAGACCCGAAAACCCCUUUAUACAAAGCGGAUGGCUGGCGGGGCGGGUGGGGUGGGGGGAGGGGAACGUAUGCCGGUAACGUGCUAGCACUUGGUGUGGACAUCCCAGUCUGCAUUAUACUGUUUAACAUAAAGUGCCGACAUUCUGUACCAGCAAAUACCUGCCCAUUCCAACCCUUGGUGGGAGCAGACCUCUACUGUCCUCCGUAACUUGCUGCUAGUGAGGACAAGGGAGUUUUUCUUUCUUCAGCAUCUUCAGUGAAGGAUACAACAAUGUCUAAUGUAUUUGACUUUUAGCUUGUGUCUGUGUGUAGGUGGGUGGGUGGGUGUGUAUAGGAAAAGGCAAAAACGAAUUAUUUGCAUUGAAGUGGUUUUAGGAGGCAAAGAAUGGGAAUUCUGUAGUCCUCUGGCUUACCCCGUUGAUUGUAAACCUAGCCUCAGAAGAGAUUGACAUGCAUAGUUCAAGUGAGCGUUGGCUCAGCUAAGUCUUUAUGCGCCCUUUGUGGGUAGGUGGUCAGACUUGAGUCUCCAGCCUUGGUUCGGUCCCAUUGGAUGCCUUGUAGAAAGCUAACUGCGCCCUCUUCCUGCUCUCUGGUUGUCAUCACCACCACCGUGCCCCUUCCACCCCUGCCCAUGUACAAACGUCUCCUUCCGGGCCCCUCCGCCUGCUCUCUGUGUGUGAGGGAAACCCUGUGGUGUGUGGUGAUGUCCAGGUGGAGAGCGGCUGUGUUUAGCCAUCUACAGGAGGCGAAAUCUUAGUGGCCCUGGGCCAGGAGCAUGUCCUGAGCCCCCCCCCCCCCCCCCACGAGCCCGUGGCGACCCUGUCCACUGCCAUGGUUCCUUGCCGUGCCCCGCCCCCACCCCCUCCUGCCUGCUGGUUCCUAGGCCUGCACUAUGGGUUAGUUGGGUUCCUUACGAUACUACGGUGAACGCCGGGUGCUAGAGCCCCUCUUGUUUACAAGACAUAAUGAGGGAUUUGAAAUAUGUAAAAAUAAACAUGAGAAGCUCAAAUGUUCUUCCAUCUUAAGCUUAAAGGGAAAAAAUUAAAAACUUAAAAAAAAAAAAAAGACCAAAAAGUGCGUAUAUAUAUACAUAUAAAUAUAUAUUUUAGAUGAAGACUAACUCUGGGAGCAUUUAACAGUGUUUUUUGUUUUUGUUUUUAACAUUUAUUUUCCUGCUUUAAAAUUUGCAAGCAUUCUCAGGAAUUCUAGGGUAGGAAGCCAGUUUUUUGAAGAUGGUUUAUUUAACCGUAUCUUAUCCUAGAUAGACGGCUGUUUCUUUCCUGUUAAUAAACUUUUACAAGUUCCUGAAACUUCAAAAAGUUUAAACAAUUUUUACUUAAAAAAAUGUAAAAAGAAAAGUCUCCAAACAUUAUUGUCAUACUGGGGAUCACACAUUUUAAAACACAUAGAAAAAAAUAUUUUUUAAAAAUUAUGAAUUUAGCAGCAACAAGUCAAUUCGUUAUCGUAAAAAUAUGGGAGAAGGUUUAGCUUUCUAAGAGCUUUAUCACGGAUUUAUUUGAAAUUGUGUGUCAUUUAGUGGGAGUGUUUGGUUUGUGUAAAUGGGAAUGCCAUCACUUUUUUCCUUUCCAUUUAAGAGUGAACUGACAUCUCCCCUAAAGAUUUUUUUUUUUUUUUAAGGGAACCCUUCUCCCUGUCCCUCAAACCCCAGCAACAAAAGAAAGAAAGAUAGAAAGAACAACUUAGAAAAACAAGUAAACUCUAAUCUGUAAAAUAGUACGGUUGGAUUGCUGAGAAUCUGUGUGAAGAGCUAGGAAAUAUAGGUUAAUAAUUUUUGGAACAAAUUUUAAACAUAGGCAUUACUAGAGGAAAAUAUCUAUGGACUGUUCUGUUAAUGAAGAAUGUCUGUCUUACCUCCCCACUUGUUACGGGAGGAGGAGAAAAUAAGCAGAAUCUAAUGAGGAACAAGUGAUUUUACUUUUUUAGCUCCCAGCUACUGUUGUGCUCAUUUUAAUUGCUGUUUUGAAGAUCUGCUGCUUAAUUACCCCCAUCCCUCAGCUGGAGAUGUGGAGUAUUUCCUUUCAGUUUUUCCUGAUGUUGAAUUCUCCUUUUGUAUUCCCUCCUGGGGCCAGGGGUCAGAAUUCCCAAGCAUGACCACAGCUUCUUUUAAACAUCUAAGCUUCCCAGUGGGAAAGAAACUCCAGCUCGACAGGUAAUGGGAGUGGGUGGGGUUGCUGCCUGCAAUUUCUCUAAAACCACUUUAGUGCCUUCGUACAUACACCCAGACAUCCUAAGCAGGGGGAGCUCGUGUGUAUGUGCAUGUGGUCCAGUCACUCCGCAGACAUCACCUACGCUUGCCCAUUAAGGAAAUUGGAGUGGUUCUGGACAGGCCCCAAAGGCAGUGGGCUAAAUUUAAAAUAAAUAAACAGAAGUCAAGGAAGUUAAAUACGCUUUCAUGUCUGGAUAAUGCGGAAUGCCAAGAUCCUUCCUUGUGUUAUUGCCCUCGUUACUGUGCACUGACUUCUCCAGGUGUGUCAUUGUGACAACUGCAUACAGUGAUUUUAAAGUCGGUUUGUGUUGGGCCAGUCGAAAGGGGUUCCUGUUUUUCUGCUCUUGUCCUACUUUGUCUCCUCUUUUCCCCAAGCCCCCACCCCGACCCCAUAUCUUUCGUCAACUUGCUGGAAGCUUUGCUUUAUUGGUUGGCAGUGACCUAAGAACAGGAUAUAGUGAGGAUAUAAUGGAAGAGAAAAACUCUUUUCUUUCCAUGGUAUUCUUUGGCAAGAGCCAUGUCUGCUGAGAGGUUAGGUAACUUCCAUAACACUUAAAAAAUUCUGUGGGAGUGGCCUCUCUCCACCACAUUCUGGCAUGUGUGCAGAGGUUUGCUGGUCCGCUCUCCUUAACGUAGAUUUAUUUUAUAAACACUUUGAUCAUGUAAAUUUGAGCUUUCCAAUUUUUACUAGUUUCCUUUAUUUUUUUAAACACUUGGUUACUAGUGGCUGGAGGUGCCCAUCUUUCAGACAUCACAAACUUGGUUUCGGUCUACCACAUGAGUAGCCAAAAGGAAAAAGCACUUGUCGGGAAGAGAGGUCUUCCAUCAGACUGGAGACCUCUACUGGCAAUUGAAAUCCAGUGCCAUGACCUAAUUUUAGGUGUUUAAAAAACAAAAACAAAAACAACAACAACAACAACAAAAAACACAAAAAAACACACAAAAAAAAACCAAAAACAAAAAAACAAAGUUCAGAUCUCCGAGACACUGUGAAGAAAUGGAUGGCCCAUAUGGCAUCUCUGAUUCCUCCAUACCUAGCCUUGACCUUUUCCAUUCACAACAUGCACAGAAGUUAACUUAGCAGUGCUACAUGUUAAGGUUCCAAACCAAAUUCUUCACCGGUGUCCCCCAGUAAAUCAAUAUUAUCCAUUGAUUGCCAUUCGAUCAGUUUUACUUACAGCAGCUUAAUUUUCUAAUCGUAUGGCUCCUGUUCUAAGAACUUUCCCAACUCUUCUGAUAUGAAUGUAGCAUGAAUUAACAAUUGGUUCUUCCAAGUUCCUGUGGGUUGAAUGUGGUAUCUGAGAUACGCAAAAAAAAAAAGGAAAAGAAAUUCCUAAGAAUUUGGAAGAGCUUAUAUUAAUAUAUCUAGCAGAAACUAGCAUUUCACAGGCUGUUGACUUGUUACAAAUAGUCACUUGAAUUUUUGCCAUGGGGGCGGCAGUUUUUGUAAGGUUAACAGCCAGAUUCCAUAUCGACCUCAGAUGCUGUGUACUUUUUAAUUUUAUUUUUUUCUAUUUUGCCAUCUUGACUCUUCUCUUAAACAAAAUGAAGAUGUCUCUGUGCUGAGCAAAACGCUUGAGCCAAGCCUGUUUUCCUCUGCAGUGUAAACAAGAUGUUUUCGGCAGACUUGGGCUGUAAUAGCCAUCUCUAAGAUUAGGGAACAAGUGAGUCUUUAUGUAGAACAGAUCCCCUUCUACCCCCGCUCAGAGUUCAGAUUCAGUAUGUAACACGUUGUAGGAUUAUUGCUUGGAUUUUGGGUUUUUUUCUUUUGUUUCAGCUAUCUAUAAGGUCUUUUACUAGGAGUAGAGGUACAUUUUCAGCUGGUUGAAAAAAAAAUCAAACUUUUUCUUCUCCAGUGUUUUUGCCAACUAUUGUCAAUCUUCAUGCCUGUGCAUUAAUUCCGCAUCUUAGCGUUGCUGCAAAAAGAAAUCUUAUUCUUGAGUCGCUUCCCUUCCUGUGAGUGUCCAGCUCGGUCUGCAUGUGAUGGUGCAGAUGAAAAUAUUCCAGCUUCUGUGUCUGCAGCGAAUUCUCAAUCUGUAGACCUCAGAACCCAUUCAGAAAGUGGGAUGCCCUCCCCCUCUGCUGCACGCUGCACGACACCCUCUUAGCUUUCUUACCUACGAGUGCAGGGUGUCCACACAGGGUGUCCACACAGUCUAGAAACAGACAAGUAUACAUAAUGUUGUCAAGAACAUCAUCAAUCUUUUUUUUUUUUUUUUUUAAACCCACAUAGAGUGUUCUCUGUGUUUCCAGAGUUAGUGCGUACCCUGUAAUAAGUUCUGUAGGUUUACGGCCAGUGCCAAAAGUGUGUGUAAUUUCCAGAGAUGGUCCCUGCUUAUUAAUGAUAGUGUUGUUUUCCUGACUUCGAAUUAGACAAAGGAGGUACUGGCAUCCCAUUCUUUAGAUUUAAAAUAAUUAUCAACUUCAAGAACUUGUAAACAUAGUAAUAACCUAAUAAAAAUAGAACACUGACCCUCCCUCCCCUGCCCACAACACCUCCCUGCGCUGCCUGUACCACCAAAGGAAAGAGGCCAUGAACAUUCACAGGAUGGCGGAGGCAACACUGGUCAGGAAACAGAACGACUCCCCACUGGCAGGGCAUUCCUUCUGUCCUUAGGUGCGUGGUCACUAGGACUAGAUCUGAAGGAAUUACCAAGUAUUCUAACAUGUGAGUGGUUUCUAAAUGGUCAAUCUCUUGUAGUAUCCUCCUACCACCACCACUUAAAAAAAAAAAAAAAAUGACAGCAGCUGACAGUGUUUGCCGCACAGAAUUUAGGUAGUUCUUGUCAGUUAGCCACACAACUUGUUUUUAACGAGAAGCUCUGCACAUCAGGAAAAUUGGUACCGCCCUGACCCACGGGUCUCUGCCGGACCCAUCAUGGGGUCAUCAUUGUGACAGAUGCUUGCUUUCUCCAUGGGAGAGGAAAGGUCAGAUGGAGGCAAAAACUGUUCUGUUUUAAAUAAAAAAGAAUUCGCGUUUCCCCAAAGCACUUUGUGCCUCAGUUGAGUUUUCCCACUAUCAGUCCUCACCUCCCAAGCCCCUGGCCUGUCCAGAGCCAAGGUUAAUACGUUGAGACUGUCUUUACAAAAAGAGAAAUUCCUCUUUACUGGGAACAGCAAAAGAAAAAUUAUGAAGGUAGUUUACAAUAUCAUUGUAGCAGAGAUGUGAAACAAAGUGCUUUUCUUUCCCUUCUCCCCUGCUUUCUGGGACCUCCCGGGGAAUCUGGCGCGCCUUCUCCCUGGGCUCCCGACAGGUGUGCAAGGUUCUCUGAGGGCUGGGCGGUAGGAGGUCACCAGGGGUGAGCUGGAGCAGCCUUACUGCGGGACUAGCCUUACAGCAGAGCUUUAUGGAAAGGAAGAGAGAGAGUCUUAUCCUAAAUGUGUUCACCAAAAAUGAACAAGAGGAGGGGGAGGGGUCUUUAUACAAAACAAAGCAAAAACCUUUGGAAUCCUCCCAGAAGUUACAUACCUUUUAAAGGUAGUAUAGUUUCUCACCAAGUGACGCAUUCAGCAUGACACUUCUCGCCAGAAAUUUCAGGAUAAGUUGGAAUAAAUGUAUUUAAAACACCACCCCUACCCCUCCCUUUUAAUUUUGUCCAAGGAAUUAAUUACUUAAGUGUAGUAUUUCUGAAUGUGCCUUUGUGAGUACAGAGACCGUCUGUUUUAGAAAGAAGCUAUCCGUGAGGAUGAAACAGAAAGGCGGUCAGCGUAGUCUUUUUAGGGAAGUCAGCGAUUCUCCCGGCGGUCCCCAGGGGCAGCUCUGGAGUUUCCAUUAGCAUCAAUAUUGCACAGUGUAGAGUUGUGUGGAAGAGAUCCUGGGGCUCGGGAGGGAGAACGAGGUGAUGGUGCACAGCGACAGAGACCCAGGGUCGUCCAAGCAUGCAGGUCGAAUUUAUCUGCAGAACCUAGUUUCCUUCGUGUGUAUAUGUGUGUGUGCAAGCGCGCGCGUGUGGCUGUGCCUAUCUGAGUUUUUGUGUUUCUGUAAGCACUGGAGAACUGAAAUACGGUGAUGUUCGUGACCCAUUCAUGCAUGUCAAGAAGGCGUUUUCUAGCUUCUGCCGUGUGCGGGGCGGGCAGCACCUGUUCCCCCCCUGAGUCUGUCCUGAGAAGGCAGUUACUUUCCUCACAUCCUCUGGCUGUUUAUGCAAACAGGGUAUUACACGCAAGGCAAAAGCUUCUGAAAGAAUAAGAUGGAAAUGUUUGAGAAAGAAAAAAGUCUGAAGUCAUAUUUUAUUUCUUCCGAACUAUUAUAGUUAAGCAUAGAAAUCUGCAGUGUCUCUUCAUUUGUUUUUGUGUUUGUUUUCAACGAUUGCACCUCUUCUCCCCAUGCCCUCUCUUCUAAAGAAACCGCAAGUGAAUGCUAAGGGCCAUUUCCAUAAUUCCUCAGAACUCCCCAAAGAGGAAAACAAUCCCUCCCGCAAGAUUCCUUCAGCUUCAUUCAGGAGACAAAGGGAGGAGAGAUGCGGCUUUCUGUGCUUCUCUCUCAUUCCUCUCUAAUGGCCUUGAAAUGUAUUAUUAUGCAAAUGUGAAUUUUGAUACUGAAUUUAAGAAGAGGUUGUUGGAUUUUUUUUUUCUUUUUUCAAAAAAAAAAAAAAGGUCCCAUAUGUGGUCAUUCAUUGCUUCUUUAUUUUGUAACGUGAAUUGUAACUAUGCAUUCUGCAAAAGGGGGGGGGGAGGGCAGAAAGGGGAAGGAAGUAGCUUUGCAUCCUUGUUCUACGGUUUCUGUGUCCAUGGUAUCCCCACGUCCUGGCGGGGAAGGGGAGUGAGAGCGAGAAGCAGUGGAGUCUGUACAGUGAGGUAGAAAGAGGCCUGGAGUCCAGUCCUCCCCGCCGUCCCGGGGCCGGUGGGGGGGCGGGGGGGGGCAUGGGGCCUGUGGUCCCUGCCAGCUGCUGUGGUACCAGAUUCUCCGCCCCAGCCGUGCAGUGUUAGCCCAGGGCGACAGGGGGCCCCAAAGGCCCUAGUGUUCUCUGGGACAAAGUACUCAUCCUUUCCUGAAUUCAGAACCCUUUCAAGCUCAGGAAACCAUGCCUCCCUCAUGCUGACCUUCAAGUUAAUCUUUCUGUCGGGUUUCCAGAACUUCUCCUCCUGCUCCUCCCCCUCGCUCCUUUGAAUUUUUCUUUCUUCUUCCGUCAUCCUUUUCGAAUGAGCUUAUUUAUAAGGAAACUGCCCUGCUCUGUGGGGAAGGGGACUGUUGCUUGGCAGGCAGAAAGAAUUCUCUUCCUCACCCCCUACCCCGCAGCCCCAUGUAAUCUCUCUGCGCCCUGGCGUUCAUUCCGCAGAGAGCUAGUGAGCGGCGAGGUGCAGGCCACGGGAGCGCCCACAGCCUCCCCUCGUCCUGACAGAAUUCCUUUGUUGAUUCUGGCCUGUGGUGGGUCCUGGCACCCGCCUCCCUCUGGUCUAGGCCUUGUUUGCAGCCUGCAGUAUCGUAAGCCACAGAUCGUUCCACAGAUCGUCCUGCCCGUUUUCAGUGUUCCCGCGCGAGCGGUUCUAGUCGAUGUUCACAGUACUGUAGCGAGUGACAGACUUGAUCACAGUCUCCUCGUGCCCGUGCAGGGCUGUGCAGGCGCGAUCUUAUCAGGGUUCCAAUCUGUUAGAUUGCCUUUAGACAAAAAAAAAAAACAAAACAAGAAAAAAAAAUCCUGACGUUUCAACUGUCUGACACAAAACGAUACCUCGAGGUACAUUUCUCCUGCAAUGUAGACCCCUCACCCCGCCCCUCUCCUUUUCUGACAUCAGUGGGUUAUCUUUUUUGAAAUAUGAAUGUGUAAAUAGUAAGAUAACUUUUACAAUUUUCAAUUUUCUUUGCUGUGAAAGUAGUCCUAAAAUAUGAUAUUUUUCCUUUUUUUUUUUUUUAAGCCAUCUGAAGUUUCAGAUCUCCUUUCAUGCUUAAGAAAAGAAAGUAGAACAGGUCAGGGGGAGCAGACGUGCAUUUGCGGGGCGGUGGUCUCUCCAUUGCCUGCCAUGCACAGUGCCAGCCGACCCGAGUCUAAACCCUGUUUCGGAGAGAUGCCAUCUACUCCAGAUCUAGUUCCAGGGUGGGGCAGUGGCUGAAUUUCUCUCUUCCAGAAGAUCCAUCCCCUCCGGGCACUCCAGGAUGUUUUUUAACCUGAGACCUUGAGCUCUCAACCUUUCCUGCUUCGCCCGCAGGCUCACUUUUAGAGUCAUGGAGUAGCAUCCUGUAGUUCACAAAGGGCCUUACUCCUGGCAUUUCAGUCUGGCGCUGUAGAAUUCACAGACUCCUCACUUUGCAGUGCUCGAGAAAUGUAUUGAUUUCUUACCGAGAAGGAAGUUCAUCUGAGACGUGCAAACCACCUUCCUGAAAGGUGUGGGCCCCCUCGGGCAUUUCCCUGAAUGCCACCCUACCUGAGGCUUGAAGCUGACAGGAUGGAGAAGGAAAUAACAUUUUAACAAAUGCUGCUUGUAGGAUCUGUCCGCUACCGCUCUCUGGGAUUUGGCCGCUCACAAGGCAGGGUCACAGUGGAUCGUUUUGAACAGCUUCUUCACCAACACCUCUUUCCCGCUCCACCCCCACCUCAAAGAUCAACCCUGUAUCUGUCUAGAGGCUGUUUUUAGUUUGAGCCCCCGACCUUGUAUAGUGACGACUUCCUCUGAAGGGAAGAAGCUUGAGAAUAAAUGCACAUCUGCUAGCUCACCGCCCACCUUCUGAUUUGGGGCACUGACCACCUUAGGAUUUUAUUUCUCAUGUUUGUUUGAAAGGUCCCUUUUCUGUCCAUCUCCUUCCUCUCGUCCCCCGUCAGUUCUCCCUGCCCUCACGUCGUCCACGAGGCCCCCAAAGGGCUUUGCUGAUCUCUGCACUUCUUCCCUGGGACCCUCCCCCGCCGCCGCCCUUUGCACACGCCAGUGACCAAAGUGUGUCCAGCGACCUCACAGAAGUCAUCAAAAAUGGUGCCUGCACCACGAAUGUGCUCACAGAGACACGUGCACAAGAUUCUGCACCCUUGGCCUUAACCUCUGUAUGACUUAAGGUGCAGGAACAUUUUUAACAGGUUAUUAAAAAAAAAAAAAAUCCUUCUGGGAGGGAAAAGCAGACGAAACAGCUCAAUUGUGCCCACUCCUAACUCUACUAUUUGCCUACAACUUCAUUCUGUGCCCACCCAACCCAUCCCUGUUUUGAGUAACCAAAAAGAGACAACAAAAGCAACCUGAGGAGAGGUUUCUGUACUAUUUUAUCUUUCUCCAUUUAGCUGGAGAUAUAAAUGCUGCUUUGGGUUCCAUAAUCCUAGGGGCUAUGUUUACAUAGUAAAAUAUAUCCUACCAAAUCAGGAAACAAGCAUGGGGAUCUCUGCAGUGAGAGAGAGCUAAUUAGGUCACCGAUGGUGAACAAGAGAAGUGAGGGGAUCUGGUGGGAGGGGGACACGGGGAGAGAAGAUGGAGAAGCGCUCCCCUCCUCCUUUCUCCGCCCUUGACUUCUCUCCUUGCCCCCUUUGAACAGAAGGCACAGAGAAGGGCAUCAGAAAGAGGCUGGAGUUUUAAAAGGCAGCUUUCCAACUUUGCACACAAACAGGUUCACAGGAAGGUACAGCAAAAAAUCUUCUCAUCUGAAACACUCAGCAGAAACAAAGCCUCCCAACCCGACUCCACAGCCGCACAUAGUGACGCUCUCUGCAAGUUACCUAGAAGUGUUUGGUUUUCUUAUACUUGAAAUAGCUUUGAUGAUGUUACUUUGGCGGCUUUCUUUUCUCUCUUCUGGUGGGCGACAGAGGAAGCGGAUGAUGGGAUUCAAGGAAGUGUGAGGGGAGAAAAGGGAGGAUAUGGCAUUGUCUUUUUGUGUGUGUGUUUCUUUAAACAUAUAGAGGUUUAAUCAAACUCCCAUGUGUUGAAAUUGCUCCUCAUGUUACUGGUUUUACAUGGACACAGAAACUAGGCACUUUAGAGGUGCACUUGCAUGGCAGGCUGGGCCCCCCUUUUCUCUGUUUUAUUUUACUUUUUUUAGUAUAGUGGUACUUAAAAUCACUGGUUCACUUAAAGAAAAAACAAACAAUAAAAUGUUAAACUCUACUAAUGUACAAAUAAGCUGAAAAGUUGCAUUUUAUGUGUAUUUUUCGCCAUAGCAGGUACUGUAUUUCUCAUGCUGGAUUUAAAAAAAAAAACAAAAACAAAAACAAAAACAAAAAAAAACAAAAAAAAAUCUCAAAAACCAACAAAAAAAAAAAACUAAAGGGUGGUGUUUAUUGGAUUGUGACAGGUUGCGUACUGAGGAACUAAGUCGCCGUCAUUUCAUUAAAACUGAGAGAUGAUGUAAUGCAUAUGUAAGAGUUUUCUGAAGGGUUUUUUUGGGCUUUUAAACAGCUUAUUUUUGUUUUGUUUAGUUUUUUAUUUUAUUUUAUUUUGGAAAGAUAUGAUUGUAUUAUGUGCAACUCAGUUGCUUACAUUAUAACUACAAAAUAUUUUUGGGUUCCUGGAAAAAAAAAAAAAGAAAAAAGACUAAUAAAUGUGUUUGGCUGCUAAGCA